UGAAAGCAUCAGCGUCUUAUCCUAGUUUUAUCGAUUUUCCACGAUGCACGAAGGAUCUGGAACCUGAAUGAAGCAUACACUAUGCAAUGUGAGCUUUUACGACCAUUUCGUGGCGCUUGCUAAUCUGUUGAAAUCCUUCUAGACCAGCGAAGUAUACAGUUGAGCUUGUAUAAAGCUAUGAGCUUUCCUUUUGGCAAACGAUUUCUGAAUCAUCCACAGGACAGCAGUUCAACAGCUCAUCAGCGACCAACAUUCAUUCUUUUCCUUUUCCACUUCCACAAUUUAGAUUUAAUUUUUCCUCCAAAUAGACUUUCAUAGAUCUUUUAAAGCCAAUCUUUAAAGUACAAGAUGUUUUCCAAACUCAGUAUUGCCGCUCUCUUGGCCAUUGCAUCCUCCAUCGCUGCUCUUCCUCAGCAAACCGCCGUUCCAAGCUUGGGACCUCUUAUCGGCGAAGAAGCUGUCAUUGACAAAGCUGACUACCCGCACAAACAUGGAGCGAUUGCCCAUGCCGAUGGCGUCGCUCCCUUGGCCCCAUCCCCAACAACACCACCUCAAAAACGUGCCGCUUCCCAGUUGGUAAUUGAAGUGAUCAACAAGUUCGGAAAGGACGUUUAUACCCGACAUGCUCAUGUAAGUUACUCAAUUUAACUCAUCUGGCCUAUCUAAUAGCAAGACUAGAACCAAGGUGGUCCAGGAGCCAUCUCUGGUAACGUCGCAGACGGAGUUUUGAAGAACGGUGCCAGCGCUGCUUUUGCCGUCCCAACUGGCUGGGCUGGAAACAUCGCUGUCGUUGAGAACGGCGGUGGAAGAAAAAUCGUCGGUGACGAGUCUUUGAUUGAAGGAUCCUUUGUGGCACAAGCUGGUGUCGGAUCUGGCGCUAUCAUUGAUGUUGAUGUUUCCUAUGUGUAAGCGCUCUUCCAAACUCCCCUCAUCAUAAGUCUUCAAAAUUAACCUGAAAUUUCAGCUCCGGAUUCUCCGUUCCUAUUGUUUGCUCUUGUGACGAGGUCGGACACGUCGUCACCGGAUGCAACAAGAACCUCUGGGGUCUCAACUCCUGCCCUAACGAUAACCGUGUCGGAUCUUGCAAGUACGUACUCAAUUCUCCAACCAGACCAUUCCUUGAACUUCAAUCUAACUUUUGAAACUAUAGAAACCCCCAGAGAACCCAGGAUUUCGAUAAUGCUCAACCUUCUAAAUUCUUUGCUACUUGUGCUCAUCAAGCUUUCACUGUUCCUCGUGACCCUGGUGCUAAUGCCAAUAACAUCUGCACCAGGGGUGUUGUCAGAUGCUGUAUUGGAACCAGUUGUCCUGGACAUCCUUAA